AAAAAAAACUUCACCACACUGUCUCAGGCUUGCUCAAGUUGGCAAGGGCCGUGGCAUCUUCAGCCGGUUGGACUUUCUCAAUAUAUCCUCCCACCUUGACGCGUCAUCCAAAACCAUUCUUGGCUAACCGGAAGUUUUUUUUCUCUCUUCUCUGAAGCUGCGCGAAAGGGCCGAUUUUUGUCUAUCUAGGCACACUCCGUUGAGAGAAGAUAUCUCUCGGCAGACGCAAAAUGGCAUCACGCAGGUCGAGGUCUCCAUCGACCCCUUCUGAGGGUGAGAUCAUCGAAUCAGGUUCAGAGACGAAGGCAACUACGUCGCAACUUCCUCUUAAUGGCAACCGCGUUGACCGUCCCCCCAGAGCUAGUUCACCCGCCCCCAGAUCUCCAGCAUCGUUGAGCAGAUCGCCCCGCCACCGGAGGUCGAGGACCAGGACCAGAUCGCCCUCCCGUACCCGGUCCCGCUCCCCCUACCGCGACCACAGAGGCUACAAACGUCGCCGGGACGAUGACUAUGAUCGUGACUAUGACUAUGACGACCGACGAUCCCGAUACGAACCCUCCCGCCGCGUCAGGUCCCGAUACGAUGAUAGCCGUUACGCGGGCCGCGGCGGUCAAUCCCACCGACGACCCCGGCCCUACUACGACUACGAUCGGGAAGAGAAUUUUGGCGAGGGGCUUCGAUACAGCGACGAGUCGGAUCGUCGCCGGGAGAAGCGCGCCCGCACCCGCAGCCGGUCGCCGUUCCGCGAAGUGCGGAAACCCAAGCAAUACUCUGGGGAUGAGUGGGAGACCCAGCGAGGUGAUAGCGUCGCGUCUCGCGACCGUAGAAGGAAGGCUUCUAUUGAACAGUCAGUGAGCGAGCGGGGGAAAGCUCCAGUCGUCGCUCGGGAUUUACAAUCACAUGCUGAAACUCAGAAACCUCAGGUGCAGCAAGCUUCUGGCACCCCUAGUGUUCGUCUUGAGAGCGUGAAUAAUGCACAGACUACCGGAACCCAGGAAGAGCAACAGCCUGAGGAACCGGUCGACGAAGCAGCCCAACUGGAAGCGCGCCGCAAACGGCGUGAAGCUAUCCGUGCGAAAUACCGUGGUCGAGCUACGCCAUUGCGUCUGCAGGCUCUCCACCUUGGAGGCGAGAGGGAUUCGACGACCCCAAGCGCCGAAACCGUCGCUUCGGCGGCCUCGAAUGGCACUCCUUCCGAUGCAGUCCCACAGUCGGCUCCUCAGACGCCCGACGACAGUCUGGAUUCAAUUCCUGACUUCAAGGUUGACAAGGAUGACAGUUCGCUUAACAAUGGUGCACCUGUAGAUGGUGCUGAUAAAGAUGAAUUGUCCGCAGCCGACUACGAUCCUACCAUGGACAUGAGAGCCGAGAAGGAAAAGCACGAUACUCACAGCUCGACUGAGGAUGUUUCUGCGGCGGCGUAUGACGAAACGCAAACGACCAAGCAGGACAUCCUGCUCCCUGAUGCCGAGCAGCCUCGACCCCAACCCAAGGCGAAAGAUCCCUACGAUAUGUUCGCAGAGGACGAUGAUGACGACAUGUUUGCGGAAGAUACGCAUGACACCGCGCAGCCUACGCAUGCUUCGGCGAUGUCCGCCAUCCCGCAGCCCAAAGAGCUGGAUGUCAGUAUGCUGGAUAACUGGGACGAUCCGGAGGGCUAUUACAACGUGCGUCUCGGUGAGUUGAUCAACGGACGGUAUCAUGUACAGCAGAACCUUGGGAAGGGUAUGUUUUCGUCUGUCGUGCGCGCGUCCGAUUCCAAGACUGGCGGACUGGUUGCGAUCAAGAUCAUCCGACAAAACGAUACGAUGCGGAAGGCGGGUAUGAAGGAGAUUGGCAUUCUGGAGCAACUACGCGAGGCGGACCCCGACGACAAGAAACAUGUCAUCCGGUUCGAGCGGUAUUUCGAACACAAGGGUCACUUGUGCAUGGUGUUCGAAAACCUUGGCAUGAACCUGCGGGAACUCGUGAACAAGAAGGGCCGCGACACGGGGCUGAAUCUUACGGCCAUCCGAGUCUAUGCCCAGCAGAUAUUCCUGGGACUCAGCCUGUUCCGGAAGUGCAAUAUCCUUCACGCCGAUCUGAAGCCGGACAACCUUCUAGUCAAUGAGAACUACAAUGUUCUCAAGGUUUGUGACCUGGGGUCGGCAUCGCCCACGACGGAGAACGAGAUAACGCCAUACUUGGUCAGUCGGUUCUACCGGGCGCCGGAGAUCAUUUUGGGGAUACCGUACGAUCACGCCAUUGAUGUGUGGUCGAUUGGCUGCACGCUAUUCGAGAUCGCUACGGGGAAGAUCCUCUUUACGGGGCGAAACAACAAUCAGAUGCUACGGUCGAUCAUGGAAUGCCGUGGCAAAUACCCCCCGAAGCUGCUCCGGCGCGGGUCGCUGACGCACCUGCACUUUGAUGAGAUGCUGAAUUUCCACAGCCAGGAGGAGGACAAGGUCACAGGUCGUCCGGUGAUCCGGGUGGUGGAUUUCAAGAAGCCGACGCGCGAUUUGCGGACGCGGCUGAUGGGCAAGGGGACCCGUGGGAUGACGGAGAGUGAGACGAAGGAGCUGACGUUGUUUCUGGACCUGCUGGAACGCUGCCUGAACCUCAAUCCGGAGAAACGGUGCACGCCGACGGAGGCGUUGCGACAUCCGUUCAUCUCGCGCCCGAAGGUGUAGGUUUUUACGGAAAUGGAGAGGGUUUGUACAUAUUAUGUCAUAGUGGUACACUUGCGCACAUAUCCGUAGUACUUCGCAGUAAUAUUUUGAGUUAACCACAGCACGGCAGCGUUGAUGAGUAUCAAACGAGUUCUACUGAGCCUGUAAGAUCUGAAGAUUUGCCAAU